ACCGGAAACAAGCACAGCUCAUAUGUUUCACAACCUGCACAAAUUCAGCCAGCCAUCUUUUGUGGAAAAAUCAUUUGUUUCGUGUCGUCAGGGUAAAUUUCAUAAUUGUAAUUAAUGUCAGAGCCACAGUCUUCGCUUUUAUUAAAAAAGCAACUAGCAGAACUGAACAAAAAUCCAGUAGAAGGUUUUUCUGCUGGGUUGAUAGAUGACAAUGACAUUUACAGAUGGGAGGUCCUUAUUAUUGGCCCUCCAGACACAUUAUAUGAAGGUGGAUUCUUUAAGGCACAUUUACAUUUUCCAAAAGAAUACCCUUUGAGACCACCUAGGAUGAAGUUUGUCACAGAAAUUUGGCAUCCAAAUAUUGAAAAGAAUGGUGAUGUAUGCAUAUCAAUACUGCAUGAGCCAGGUGAUGACAAGUGGGGCUAUGAAAAAGCCUCUGAGAGAUGGCUGCCUGUCCACACAGUGGAAACUAUUCUCAUAAGUGUUAUUUCUAUGUUGGCUGAUCCAAAUGACGAGAGUCCUGCUAAUGUUGAUGCAGCUAAAGAAUGGAGAGAGAGGUAUUCGGAUUUCAAAAAGAAAGUUGCCAGAUGUGUUAGGAAAAGUCAAGAAGAUUGUUUUUAGGAUGGAGAGAAAUUUUACAACAGAGUCGUGUUGAAAAAGGGCCAUGUGACACCAUUAAGACACAUAUUAUGUAUUUAACAUUAGGUUGCACACUAGCUGGCGUCAAACCAAACUGAUAGUAGUAGCUGUGUGCUCAUUCUCAUUCUUUUUACAGAAGGAAUGGAGAGAAUCAUAUUCGGAGUUUAAAAGAAAAGUAGCGCAGUGUGUGAGAAAGAGCCAGGAGGAUUGUUCUUAAAUAACAGUGCCCUUUUUCAUUUAUUUAUUUGGAUAGUGAGUGUUGGGUGAAACAGUUUGGGCAUCUUUGCAACCGCAGAGAAUCGCCAUGAUAUAGUGCAAGCCCCACCAUCUGGGCCAGAGACAAUAUUGAAAUUGAUUUAAAAUAAAUAAUUAUUGUAAUUAAAUGGUAUCGCUGCCGUAUUUUAUAAAUAAUAAAUUAAAGGUAGAACUUGAGGUCU